CGGUCCAGACCGGUCAGGUCAGGUUCUCGAGGGAACCGCGUCGGAGUUUCUUUAGGAUACUGCUCUAAGACGCGCAUCCGCACACGGGUCUCCGUAAGUCCAAUUCCUCUCUCCUCUUCCGGCUCCCGUUCCCGAGUUCCGCCCCCACCGACUCAGCGAGGGCUCGGGUCCUUUCCCGCCGGUACUCCGCCCGAUCCUCGCCACGAGGCCGCCGACAAAGAGAGCGGCGGCACUGGGGUUCCCGGGAUCUGAAUAACGGGGAAGAAGCGGAAGGCGUGCUCGCUAGUGGCGGCGGAGAUCCGACGAGGAAUUCCGAGGCAGAAGGAGGGGCUUCGGCGAUCUUCUGGUGGUUUCAAUAGAUUUGAUAAACUAUCAAUAAAUUAGUUGACCAUGGACAAUGGUGAAAUCGAGAGUGCAGAUGAGGAAAUGCCUUCACAUGGUGGACGGCAGUACAGGCCGGUGGUUUCCCAUGAACAAUCCAUUGUCCAAAUGACUUCCAUGGAGUCUGGACCUCCUACUGAGAUGCCAAAACAGAAAAUUAGGAUUCCGUCACAAUCAGAGAAUGUUCCCAAUCCAAUGGAGGGACCUUCUAAUGGCCAUGAUGAAUUGAAUAACUCUCAGAGGGAAUCAAAAUUGGAAUUAUUUGGUUUUGAUUCUCUUGUUAACAAAUUGGGACUCAAAAGUAUGACAGGAGAACAGAUCCCAACACCCUCAAGUCCAAGGGAUGGUGAGGACAUUUCCAUUACUAUUGGGAGCCCAAAGGUUGCUGGCCUUAAGUUGGGAACCAUGAUGGGUGUUUUUGUACCUUGUUUGCAGAACAUCCUGGGAAUCAUAUACUAUAUCCGUUUUUCCUGGAUUGUGGGUAUGGCUGGCAUUGGUGAGUCUCUUUUAUUGGUUGCAUUCUGCGGGUCUUGCACCUUUCUAACAGGAAUAUCUUUAAGUGCAAUCGCAACAAAUGGGGCAAUGAAGGGUGGAGGGCCAUAUUAUCUCAUUGGUCGUGCUCUGGGUCCAGAAGUUGGAGUUAGUAUCGGGUUAUGCUUCUUCCUUGGUAAUGCAGUUGCUGGUGCUAUGUAUGUCUUGGGAGCUGUUGAAACCUUCUUAGAUGCUGUGCCAAGUGCUGGCUUCUUCACAGAUUCUGUAAUACUUGUCACCAAUAGCACAGCAACUAAUGGUACAAUAUCUGAAGUAACAACAAUUGUAUAUACUCCAAGCUUGCAUGACUUGCAAGUCUAUGGAGUUAUUGUGACUAUUCUUCUCUGCUUUAUCGUAUUUGGCGGUGUCAAGAUUAUAAACAGGGUAGCUCCAGCUUUCUUAAUACCUGUCCUGUUUUCACUUUUCUGCAUAUUCAUUGGGGUAUUUUCAGCUCCAAGGAGUAAUGCUUCAAGUGGCAUAACGGGGUUGAGAUCCCAAACAUUCAAAGAUAAUUGGAGUUCUGCUUAUCAGCGUACUACAAAUGCUGGAAUACCUGAUGCAGAAGGACCUAUAUAUUGGAAUUUUAAUGCACUGGUGGGUCUAUUCUUUCCAGCUGUAACAGGAAUCAUGGCUGGUUCAAACCGAUCUGCAUCAUUAAAGGAUACACAACGUUCUAUACCUCUUGGAACACUAGCUGCAACACUUACCACCUCUUUUUUGUAUUUGAUAUCAGUAUUACUAUUUGGAGCUUUGGCCACCAGAGAAGAGUUACUGACAAACCGGCUUCUGACUGCUGAGGUUGCUUGGCCUCUUCCAGCAAUUAUAUAUCUUGGAAUUGUUCUCUCCACUUUAGGUGCAGCAUUACAGACUUUGACAGGUGCACCACGCUUGCUUGCAGCCAUAGCAAAUGAUGACAUUCUCCCUGUUCUUAAUUAUUUCAAGGUCACAGAAGGCGGGGAACCUCAUUUGGCAACUCUCUUUACUGCCUUUAUUUGUAUUGUCUGUGUCGUGAUUGGGAACCUCGAUCUAAUCACACCCACUAUAACUAUGUUCUUCCUCCUAUGUUAUGCGGGAGUUAAUUUAUCUUGCUUCCUUCUUGAUCUUCUCGAUGCUCCUAGCUGGCGCCCUAGAUGGAAUUUUCACCAUUGGAUGCUCUCGCUUCUUGGUGCAUUAAUUUGCAUUGUGAUCAUGUUCCUCAUCUCCUGGUCCUUCACUGUGGUGUCUCUGGCCCUUGCUAGCCUCAUAUACUACUAUGUGAGCAUAAAAGGGAAGGCUGGAGAUUGGGGAGAUGGUUUCAAGAGUGCCUAUUUUCAGCUAGCUCUCCGCAGUCUUCGGUCAUUAGGAGCAAAUCAGGUUCACCCUAAAAAUUGGUACCCUAUUCCUCUCGUCUUCUGCCGACCAUGGGGAAAGCUGCCAGAAAAUGUUCCUUGUCAUCCAAAGCUUGCAGAUUUUGCCAAUUGCAUGAAAAAGAAAGGACGUGGGAUGUCGAUCUUUGUAUCAAUUAUCGAUGGCGACUAUCAUGAAUUGGCUGAGGAUGCCAAGACAGCUUGCCGUCAGUUGAGCACUUACAUAGACUACAAACGCUGUGAAGGGGUAGCUGAGAUAGUAGUUGCUCCCACGAUGUCUGAUGGCUUCCGUGGCAUUGUACAGACCAUGGGACUAGGCAACCUUAAGCCCAAUAUUGUAGUCAUGCGAUACCCUGAGAUUUGGCGGCGUGAAAACCUCACCCAGAUUCCAUCUACCUUUGUCAGCAUUAUUAAUGAUUGCAUUAUCGCAAACAAGGCUGUUGUGAUCGUCAAGGGCCUUGAUGAAUGGCCCGGUGAAUAUCAGAGACAAUUCGGGACAAUUGACCUCUAUUGGAUUGUGAGGGAUGGGGGCCUUAUGCUUCUCCUAUCUCAGCUCCUUUUAACAAAAGAGAGUUUCGAAAGCUGCAAGAUUCAGGUCUUUUGCAUUGCUGAAGAGGACACAGAGGCUGAAGAGCUGAAGGCUGAUGUCAAGAAGUUCCUCUAUGACCUGCGCAUGCAAGCUGAGGUGAUUGUUAUAACGAUGAAGUCGUGGGAGUCACACAUUGACACUGGGGUUCAACAACAGGAUGAUUCGGUGGAGGCAUUCACCGGUGCACAACGCCGAAUUGCUUCUUACCUUGCUGACAUGAAGGAGACGGCCAGAAAAGAAGGGAUGCCCCUGAUGGCCGACGGAAAGCAGGUGGUGGUCAACGAGCAACAGGUCGAUAAGUUCCUUUACACCACCCUGAAGUUGAACUCAACUAUACUCAGAUACUCGAGGAUGGCAGCGGUUGUUCUCGUCAGCCUCCCACCACCACCUCUGAACCACCCUGCCUACUUCUACAUGGAGUACAUGGAUCUGUUGGUUGAGAACGUGCCGAGGAUGUUGAUAGUUAGGGGAUACAGGAGGGAUGUCUUGACCCUGUUCACAUAAUUGAACCCAUCUCUACUGGUGACGCGACUUUGUUGUAAUUGACUUUUUUGGCUCUGGUUGGCUUUUGUUUAAUUAUCACACCCCAUAGACAUUCAGUUCAUUCA